GAUGCGCUCGCGCGUUACUGAUCUAACAGCUCUUACGUCAUCGUUUACAACUCUCUCGCUCACUCUUUGUUUCUCUCUCACUUCUCUCCUCACUCUGAGCAUCUCUCUCACUCCCGCUCAGAGUCCGCAUACGCCAGCAUGUGAUGAGGCACGGGCGUCCAUCCCAUUGUCGUGCAUGCGUAAAGACCCAAAUGACAUGCCUUCGCACGCGCGCCACGCAUCUGAUGCCAGUCGUUCGGAAUACUGAAAUCUCCUUGAAUGUUGAACAUAUAGCCCUUUCGUCGGUGCUCUCAAAUGCAGUGAAUGACAUGAGGAUGAGGAAUAGCACGCUCGGUCUGGAUGGAUUCAUACGGAUGACCGGUGCGGUGUCGCAGCAUCAUCCUUAACCCACACGCGGGGAUCUUUAUUCCGUGACGGUACGUGAAGAUGGCGACGGGAACGGGAUGGCAGCAGCCGUACAGUUCAGCUCCAGGCAUCAAUGCUCCCGCUGCCUCUGGAUCAGGGACCAGUCCAUCUUCUACAUCCAGCAAUCUUCUGUACGAUUCUGCUCUGAGCAUGGAGUACACUCAGGACCUGCACCUGAAGAUGAGUAAAAAAAUAGCACAACUCACUAAGGUCAUUUAUGCCCUCAACACGAAAAACGACGAGCAUGAAGACGCGAUUCAGUCUCUCAAGGAGGCUCACGACGAUGAGGUGCAGCACAUCCUGACAGAGACCCGAGAGAAGAUCCUCCAAUACAAGAGCAAGAUCGGAGACGAAGCCGACUUGAAACGCCGCCUCCAGUCCCUGGAGGAAUCCGUGGAACUGCACGAGCACAUGAAACGUCAAGCCCUGGCCGAAUUCGAGAUGUAUCGCCAGCGCAUGGAGGACACACAGCUGUGCACGGAGGCCCAGCACACGCAGCGCGUGGUCUCCAUGUCCCGCGAGGUGGAGGAGAUGCGGCACGAGUUCGAGGAGAAGCUGCGCUCUUUCAGCCAGGUGCAGGCUCAGUUCGAGCAGGAGAAGCGGCGGGCGUUGGUGGAGCUCAAGUCUUGCCACCAGCAGGAGGUAGAGGAGCUGCUGGAAAGCCAGGAGAACCAGAGUGCGUCCUCCAGUCUGGAGCAGGAGAAGCUGGCGGACAUGCACCGUACCGAGCUGGAGUCGCUGAUGGAGCGCGUGGAGGAGCUGACGCAGGACAAGGUCCGGCUGGUGGAGGAGUACGAUGCUAAACUGAGCAAGGCCCAGGCGUUCUACGAGCGUGAGCUGGAGGCCAUGAGGCGGACGCAACAGCUCACGACCGAGAACCUGCUGGCCUGGAAGAGGACGGAGGUGGAAUUAAGAAAGGAGUUUCAGGUGCAAGAGGGAGCGCUUCAGAGGACGCUGUGUAAGCUCCGCGCUGAAUUACACAGAGCUCAGGAGGUGGCGCGAGAGAGCAGAGACAAAACCAACAGACUGCAGGCGUCUCUCAACAACGCGGAGGUCACGAUCAAGGAGUUACACAAGCAGCUGGAGGAGGUGAUACAGGACGGCGAGAUUUGGGUGAUGCAGCUUAAGGACACAGAAUAUGAGCUGGACGGAAGCAGGGACCGAGUUCAGCAGCAGGCCAAUGAAAUCCUUCACAAAGCCAGUCAAAUUGGCUCUCUUCAAGCGACCCAAAUGAGCCAUGAGGCCACUAUCAGGGAUCUAGGCUCCGAGCAGAACCGUCUGAAGGAGAAGAUCCUACAGCUGGAGGAGGAGAGAGAGGAACUUCAGAAACAGAUGCAUACACUUGAAGAACAACAGCACCAGAAGAUCCUCAAUUUAGAGAAGUCUCUCCGUGAGGAAAAGCAGAACUACGAGAUGGAGCUGGCACGUGUCAGGGCCAAAUACGAGGAGGAAACGUCUCGUCUAAAAGAAAGCCAUACGGAUUCCUUAGAAGAACUACAGGAGAAACACACAAUCCAGCAGGAGAGCGCACGUAAUGCCGCAGAGAGAGAGAAGAGCCAGUUACUCAAUGAGAUGCGACAACAGUUUGAGAUUCGAUGUCUGUCAUUGGAGGAGCAGCGGAACCACCUGCAGCAGCAGUUGGAGACCAUACGGGAGGAACUUACUACAAAGCUAAAUAUGGCCAACCAAGAGGUGGCUCAUCUGAAGGAUCUUGUCAAAGAGAGCGAAGAAAAUCUGGAUAGCGCUGAAAGCCACAUCUCCUGUCUUAAAGACAGCCAGGAAAAGCUUCUCAUCGAGCUAGACGUCACCAGGGCGAGAGUGAGAGAGACAAGCAACCUUCUCACAGACCUACAAGAGGAGAUCGAGACACAGAAACAGCAACACGAGGCUCGAAUCAUCGCCGUCAAAACGGAGGAGAAGCAGAAGAUGGACAAAAUCACGGAGGAGCUGGACCUGAAGUGGACCGACGCUCUGAGAGCUGAGCUGAAGGGUAUGCGAGAGGAGCUAACAGCCGAGUAUCAGGCAGAGAAACAGGGGGCACUGACGCAAAUUUCCCAACAGAGAGAUCUGGAGAUGAUGGCAGCCAGAGAGAGCUGGCAGAGGAAGGUGGAGGACCUUUUGGAACAGAUCUCUCUUCUGAAGCAGAGCCUGGAGCUGCAGAUGUCGCAGUCAAAAAACGCUCUGCAGCAGUUGCAGGCGCAGUUUAGCCAGGAGCGCGAGCACCUGGCGCAGCAGCUGCAGGAGCUGUCGAUGGAGCAUCAGCACAGAGAGUGCCGCCUGCAGGAGGUCCACUGCUGCGCCCUGCAGGAUAUGGAGGACGCGCAACAGAUGGAGCUCAGGGACCUGGAGGACCGUAUGAAGCAGGAACAGAGGGAAGAGUUACACGCUUUGCGAGAUGCUCACAGACAGACCCUUGAGAUCCUUCGGCAACAGUCAGAGCAGGAGCUGCAGACCUUACGCUUUGAGCUGGAGGAUGAGGGCAAAGCCAUGCUGGCUUCCCUGCGGUCAGAGCUCAAUCAUCUUCAUGCCACCGCCAUUGAACAUCUGAGACAAGUGCAUCUGAAGGAGAACAAGGCCGCCAAACGAGACCUGGACGACACUAUUGAGCGCUGCAAAGAACACGAGCAAGAUCUCUUUGGGCGUAUGUCUGACCUACAGCAGGAGGUGAACUGUAGAAAGAACCGGAUCGCUGAUCUGGACCAUGAAAUCCACACUCUCAAUGAGACCAUAAGCACUUUGACCAAGGAACUGGAACUUAAAGGGAAAGAAGUUCUGCGUGUUCGCAGUGAGGCAAACAUACAUAUCAGGGCUCAUGAACAGGACCUUUCUAAGCGACUGGAGAGGGAGAUUGAAGAGCUGAACGCGACCCACAACCGAGAGACCCAGAUCAUGCUGUCAGAUUUUAACAAAGCUCAAGAGCUGCUUAAAGACAAGAUCUCUGCUCUGCAGAUUCUAUUGGAAGGAACGGAGGAUAAGUUCAGGAACAGAGAGAGCAGACCAGAAGAUCUCCAGGUGAUCGCUGACCUCCGAGAAAUGGUGUGUGAGAGAGAAUCUCUGGUGAAGAAGCUCGUGGAUGACAAGAAGUUUUAUCAGUUGGAGUUGGUGAAUCGAGAGCCUGGCUUCAACAAAGUGUUCAACACCAACCCUAAUGUUGGGGUCAUAAACCCCCUUAUAAAGCAUAAGAGUAGAAAACCUGCGAACGAUCUCGCCAGCUCUCCAAGCCCAAGUGAAGGGGCAACGGGCAGGUCCGUUCCUUCUUCCUGCCUUGAGUCAUUCCCCAUCUCCCCCAUUCACCACCCUGAGCUCAGGUCUAGCAAAGCUCAACCCCCUCCGACCCCUCCGCCUCAGGCCGACUCCGCUCGGAGGUGAGACGCGCCUCGCCGUUUGACGUUCUUGUCUUCACAUACCGUACGAGAGACAUGCUUAAACCACAGAGCUGUCUGCCAUUGGUUGGAUCACACGGUCUCAGUCCUGCGCUGCAGACGCAGAACCGUCAGUCUGUCUGUUGACGUUUUGAUGCGAGAACACAGCCGUGUGUGUCCCGAGUGAAUUGUUGAUAUGCUUGUCUCACUUUUUACUGCAUCUCUAUGGGUAAACAGCACACACAGUUUGUAUCCAAUGCUAUUAUUUUAAUACGCAUGGUAAAUCAUGCGUAUUAAUUCUGUCCGAUGUGUGUGUGUUGUGUACAGUUGACGUUUAUUGAAUGAUCACAAAACUGCACCGUUGAGACUGAAGAAAGGACUGAAAUUUCACAAACUGUGUGUGAUCACACAAUGGCAUUGGAAAGUCAGAGCGAGCAUGCGUUUGAUCUCAUGACAUCAUUACAUGCCUUCAACAACACAUGAAUGUGACCUGCCCAUUAGCUGUACUCCAUCCUUUACAUUUCAUGCAUAUGUUGUUUUUGUGGUUUUAAAAUGAGAUAUUCAAAUGAUCUCCUUAUAUCUGUGGUAUUCCUGAUGUUCUUUACAAGUUACUGUACGUGGCGGCAGUCUUGCGCAAAGCUUCGGGCUGAGGGAUAAUGUUAGACAGCACUGGCACUGCCCCAUAUUUUAUUUAGCGUUUAGAGGAAAUACAAGUUCAGCAUGACUGCUUGGUGCCUGGGGUUAAUUUGAUGCUUGAACAGAGAAGCACAGCUUUCUAUCGGUCAAUCUGCGAUAUUUACUUAUGUCACAUUUUUCUUCUGCUGUCAACCAAAACGAUACCUAACUUUAAAAAAAUACUGCAAAAGGGAAUUAAACUCGCCUAAAAAAGUUUUUGGACACUCAAGCCACACUUCUUUGCAUAAGAAACCAAAUGUCAUAUAAACAUAAUGCUGCAUUGUUUUGCAGAUUUAAAGGGAUAGAUCUGAAAAAUAUAAAAUCUUUCAUUUAUUUACACCCAUGUCAUUCCAAACCUUUUUUUUGCAAAACACAAAAUCAAUAUUUUGAAGAAAGUUGGUAACAAAACAACAUUGACCCCAUUGACUUCCAUUAUGGAUCAAAACCACUGAGACAUUUCUCAAAAUAUCUUAUUUUGUGUUCUCCUGAAGAAAGAGUCAUAUAGGUACAAUUACAACAUAAUUUAUGACCAAACUAUUCCUUUCAUUUCUCUUUUCAUUAGUUUUUUUAAGACGUUUUAACAAAUGCCCUCCAGGUCAUUCUAGUGGAUAAAUAAUUUAAGUUUCAAUCAAGUCUGACUGAUUUUGGGUUAAAACAAAUCCAAAAACUUUUUUUGCAUGCAUUUCGACUUUCUUCUUGUUCUGUUUUUUCAAAAAUAUAUCAAUUGUUUUAUCUUUUAAAAUCAACUACAAACAUAUUAUUUUUACAUUUUGCCUAUUAAGUGUUCUCAAAGCUGUUACUAGCGCAGAGCGCAAUUUAAAAAACGCACCGAUGGGAGUGAAAAGUCUGCAGGUGUUUCACAUAUUAGCGCAGUGUUUAAAGUCCCUGUGAACCGGAAGGUUCGAUAGUUUUUACUUCCGUAUUUUGUCGCAUUUCCGAGUGAAAUGGAAUUUCGAAUGAGAAACAUAGUUGCCGUGGCAUUCGUCUUUCUCUGCGAUUUGAUUGGAUGUGUAAAACAAUCGUUGCAAUUUUAAAUGGAAUUGGCAGCAGACUGACAGUUGAAGGGGAGGAGUUAACGGAUGCUCCGCCCAAGCCGUCUAACAUACAUCAUUUAAGGUGAAUAGUCAUUAAAGGACCGAAGUGCAUUUUUAGGUUUUAACUGAAGAUUAUGAGGGCACACAAAUUUUGAAAAGAGAACGAUCCACAUUGAUAAUCUAUUCACAAUAAACGUGAAUAAAUCAACCUUGUCAUUUUUAAUUUCACUUGGACUUUAAGGCAUACGUUUUUUGCGUUAAAUAAAACCAAAAAUACCAGAACAAAGACGAGCGCAAUCCAUAGAAAAGUAAAUCACAUUGCAUGAUUCAUUUACAUAAUCUACUCCCAUAAAGUUUGCCUCUUAAGAGGAAACUCCUAUUCAAUAAGGUCAGUCACGAAAACAGCUGUGUCCAUACAUUUUCAGCGCUUAUUUUCACUGCGUGUCUUUAGUAUUCUGACAUUAGUUAUUUUACAUAAGAAGAGCCAUUUGCGCUACCUUGCCCCAAAUCCAAUGCAUUCAUAAACAUUAACAGUAAAUGUGGCUUGAUCGUGGAAAAUACCUUUAAAGGUCGCUAUAUGCAUAAUGCAUCAUAGUAUCAAGACAACGCGGGCCGUGUUUGACUAGAAUGCUAUCUUUAAAGUUACAGUAGUGUGACUGGUUGUGUUUGAUUUCUGUGUGUUCUGUACAGCCCUCUUGAGUCUGAGGACGCAACUGUAGCACCAAACGAAGAGGAACCACAAGAGCUAUUUUCACAGUACUUCUCCUUUUAAAGUUUUCAAGACACUCAACUAAAGAGCAUGUAAAACUGCGGUUUUCAAUAGUUCAUCGUCUGUCCUCGGUAUUUCACUGUGAUUUUUGUUAUUUUCCCCUUUUGAUAUAGGCAUUUAUUCAAUAUAAAAGAAGAUGCACAUUAAUUUCAUAUAGAAUUAAUAUAUAUGUCUUUUCUGGAUGGACUGAAACUGUUGGAAUACCAAUGUCUUGCCAGUUUUGACAAUAAAUCGCACAAACACGCAAAACUCUUUUGUGCCGUCUGUUACGAACGAUGCAUCAAC